AGAGUCCUUCUGUCGGUUGGUCCUGGAGCGGCGCAGCCGGAGGAGCGGUGCCGUGAGGAGAAUAAAGGCAUCCCUGUUGAUGACUGAAAAUGACAAAGCAUCCACCUAACAGACGAGGAAUCAGCUUUGAAGUGGGAGCCCAGUUGGAAGCCCGGGACCGUUUAAAAAACUGGUAUCCAGCUCACAUAGAAGACAUUGACUACGAAGAAGGAAAAGUACUCAUCCAUUUCAAGCGUUGGAAUCAUCGUUAUGAUGAGUGGUUCUGCUGGGACAGUCCUUAUUUACGCCCUUUAGAGAAAAUACAGCUGAGGAAAGAGGGCUUACAUGAAGAAGAUGGUUCUUCUGAAUUUCAAAUAAACGAGCAGGUCCUUGCUUGCUGGUCUGAUUGUCGUUUUUACCCGGCCAAAGUCACUGCUAUUAACAAGGAUGGUACUUACACUGUGAAAUUUUAUGAUGGAGUAGUUCAGACUGUCAAACAUAUUCAUGUCAAAGCUUUUUCGAAAGAUCAGAAUAUUGUGGGUAAUGCUAGGCCUAAAGAAACAGAUCACAAAAGUCUGUCAUCAUCCCCUGAUAAACGAGAGAAGUUUAAAGAGCAGAGAAAAGCCACAGUCAAUGUGAAGAAAGACAAAGAAGACAAAGCCUUAAAGACAGAAAAGCGACCCAAGCAGCCUGAUAAAGGAAAGUUAAUCUGCUCUGAAAAGGGGAAGGUGUCAGAGAAAAGCCUUCCCAAGAACGAAAAGGAAGAUAAGGAGAACAUUUCAGAAAAUGACAGGGAGUAUUCUGCAGAUGCCCAAGUGGAUAAGAAACCUGAAAAUGACAUUGUGAAGAGUCCACAAGAAAACUUGAGGGAGCCAAAAAGAAAACGAGGCAGACCGCCUUCUAUAGCUCCUACUGCUGUGGAUUCAAACUCUCAAACUUUGCAACCAAUAACUUUGGAAUUGAGAAGACGGAAAAUAUCAAAAGGAAAUGAAAUCCCAUUAAAACGUCCUCGGCUUGACAAAAAUUCAUCCCAAGAGAAGUCAAAAAACUAUUCGGAAAACACUGAUAAAGACUUGUCAAGGAGACGGUCCUCCCGGCUAUCCACUAAUGGGACCCAUGAGAUCCUAGAUUCUGACUUGGUACCAGAUUUGGUUGAUACGGAUCCUUUGCAAGACACAUCGUCUAGUACUAAGGAAUCUAAAGAAGGUCAGUUGAAAUCUCCUUUGGAAGCUGGCCAGGUCUCAUCUGCAUUGACUUGCCACUCUUCUGGGAAUGGAUUGGGAGCUGCAGGUUUGGAAUUGAAUUGCCAGUCAAUGGGAGAAAACACUAUGAAAACGGAACCGGCUUCUCCCCUUGCCAAAUUGCAAGAGAUUUCAACUGUGGAAGUAACCAAUGCUUUUAAGAAAGCAGAUGACUUUGUGACAUCUAACACACCAGCUGUCGACCUAGACCACAAAUUUAGAUGCAAGGUUGUGGACUGCUUAAAAUUUUUCCGCAAAGCCAAACUUUUGCACUAUCACAUGAAGUAUUUCCACGGGAUGGAAAAGUCACCAGAGCCAGAGGAGAGCCCAGGAAAGAGGCAUGUCCAAACCAGGGGCUCUUCAGCUUCAGACAAGGCCGGCCAGGAGAGCCUGACCAGGAAGCGGGUCUCUGCCAGCUCCCCAACUGCAAAAGAUAAGGAAAAGAAUAAAGAAAAGAAAUUCAAAGAGUUUGUGAGAGUGAAGCCAAAGAAGAAAAAGAAAAAGAAAAAGAAAACCAAGCCUGAUUGUCCUUGCAAUGAGGAGAUCAGUGAUACCUCACAGGAACCUUCUCCACCCAAGGCAUUUGCUGUUACCAGGUGUGGGUCCUCACACAAGCCUGGGGUCCAUAUGAGCCCGCAGCUCCAUGGCUCAGAAUCUGGAAACCACAAAGGGAAAGUAAAAGCAUCUGAGGAGGAUAAUUUGAGUGAGUCCUCCUCUGAGAGCUUUCUUUGGAGUGACGAGGAGUACAGCCAAGACGUUGAUGUGACGACCAACCCAGAUGAGGAACUUGACGGGGAUGACCGCUAUGAUUUUGAGGUGGUUCGAUGCAUCUGUGAGGUCCAGGAGGAAAAUGACUUCAUGAUUCAGUGUGAAGAAUGCCAGUGCUGGCAGCAUGGGGUCUGCAUGGGAUUACUGGAAGAAAAUGUGCCCGAAAAAUACACCUGUUAUGUUUGCCAAGACCCUCCAGGUCAGAGGCCUGGUUUCAAGUACUGGUAUGACAAGGAGUGGUUGAGCAGGGGACAUAUGCAUGGCCUGACGUUUCUAGAGGAGAAUUACUCCCAUCAGAAUGCUAAGAAGAUUGUGGCGACUCACCAGCUUCUUGGUGAUGUGCAGAGAGUGAUCGAGGUUCUGCAUGGCCUACAGCUCAAGAUGAGCAUCUUGCAAAGCAGGGAGCAUCCUGACCUGCAACUGUGGUGCCAGCCUUGGAAACAGCACUCGGGGGAGGGGAGACCUCAUUCCAAACUCAUCCACGUCACUGAUCCCAGAAGCAAGGAGGAAGCCCCAAGCUAUAGAACUUUGAAUGGGGCAGUGGAGAAGCCCUUGCCCCUGGCCCUACCCUUGACGAGGUCCGCAGAGGAGUCCUAUAUCACAAGUGAGCACUGCUACCAGAAGCCCCGUGCCUACUACCCUGCUGUGGAGCAGAAGCUGGUGGUGGAAACGCGGGGUGCCGCCCUCGACGAUGCAGUCAACCCCCUUCAUGAGAAUGGGGAUGAUUCCCUCUCCCCACGUCUGGGCUGGCCUCUAGACCAAGACCGGAGCAGGAGGGACAGUGACUCUAAACCCAGCUCCCCAAAGGUGAGAGAAUAUGUUUCCAAAAAGGUUCUACCUGAGGAAAGCCCUGCUCAGAAGCUGCUGGACAGAGGUGGAGAGGGGCUGCUGAGCUCCCAGCACCAGUGGCAGUUUAACCUGCUGACCCACGUGGAGUCUCUGCAGGAUGAAGUCACACACAGGAUGGACUCCAUUGAGAAGGAGCUGGAUGUGUUGGAGAGCUGGCUGGACUACACCGGGGAACUGGAGCCUCCGGAGCCACUGGCCAGACUUCCGCAGCUCAAGCAUUGCAUCAAGCAGCUUCUGACGGACCUGGGCAAGGUGCAGCAGAUUGCCCUCUGCUGCUCCACGUGAAACAGGGCAUCCAAGACUAAUGGGGGCACAAUCCUGGGGAGCCCGCAGGAGGAGCUUCGCAUAUUUAAAUAAAUAAAACUAGCAUGCUGAAUGCACGUGACACGGACUGACUUCAGGGAUCUAGGCAGGAGUGUGAUAGACAUUGGACAAAGAGGCCAUUUUGGCCGCUGGAGGGCAGGGCACUCUGAUCUCAAAGCCUACCAAGAAGGUAGCAAAUAGAUUCUUAGGAUUCCUUUCUUCUAUGUACAUCGUUGAAUGAAGAGAGUCUUUUUGCACAAACUUCACUUGAAAUCGUGCCACUGAUGAUAAAUGGAAUGAGAGCCAAAAAAGUUUAGUUGGGAACAGUUGUAAAGUCAGUUUGCAGUUUAUUUAAUUGACUUUUUUGUCAGGUUGGGGCACAUGCCAGCCCUCUGGUUUCUGCCUGGCAUGGAGUUUAGGCAGCAUCAUUUUCAUUUUCUAGCUUCAUGGGAAUGCUGUGACUUCACCGUUCUGUGGAAGUUGGGAAGGCGCAGAGCCUUGGCUGCCCUGCCUUAUCAUUAGGACUCUUCACUUUUCUGACCACAUCUCUUGCAUGACUUCAUGGUACGGGGACAAGAUUUAUAUGCUUUCACCCCAGAGUUGAUUGGGUAGUGGCUUUUGUAGCAGAGCCCAUACAACCUGUGGAGGAACUAGAAUCUCACUGUCAACCUGAAACAGGCUGGGUCUGGAACCCAAAGGACAGCAUUUUCUACCCACUUCUUAAUAUUCACAGCUUCUCAGUUCUAUUUAAUGUCCAAAAAGUAUUUCCCAGAAUUUCAAACUCCUUUACUGUAAAGAUUUGUUACAAAGAAUGUGGUUUGGGGAAUUACCUUCUUUUAUAUUGUUGUAAACAAACUUCAGAUUCUACAUGUACUGCUUUUCUCCUUCCCUGAACUGUAUGUUCAGAGUUGUUUUGUUAAUAUACUUUAACACUUUAAAUUUCCUGUUUGUAUUAUUUUGUGAGAUCAAAGUGAUUAUGCUGCUUGAGGUCCAGGUACAACCUAUUUGUACCUCUUGAGACAAUAUUUGUGUUACUUUUGCAGGUUACGGUUCCACAUGUAAUUGCUGUACUUUGUUUUUCCUUACGAGGCAAAGUUAAAAUGUUUCAUGCUUUGAAAAGUGACCCAUUUCACUAGUUUUUUUAUCAUUAAAGUCAAAAAUCAAAGCACAGUUGUCCAUUAACACAAGUUAAUUAUGGGUUUAUGAAUCUGUAAUGUUAUAUGCUGCAAAUAUUUACUAUGUAAACAUGAAGUAGCCAAUAUCUCAAUAGCAAUGACAGUAUCUCCAGCAACCUUUGGAAUGGUUAGGCACAGGUCACUGUGGUCAUGAAUUCAGGCCUUUGUACUCAGAUCUGUUUCAAGGAAUGCUCUGUCUAGUUGUUCACCAUUUGAUGUGAAAUGAAUCAUAGAACAUGUGUAAGUUGACCUGUUGUAACUUAUCCAUCAGAGGGAGUACAUGUGGCUAUCACGUCUGUAAUAAAGCUGACGUAAUUCCUCUACAAGAGACUAUUUCCCACUGCUAACACUGAUGUUUCUGGUAUGGGAAGAAAUGCUCAAGGAGUGUGCAUGGUAUAUGUUCAGACAGCUGCAUUUGUGUGACUGCUUGUCUGAAAAGGGAAGAAAUAGGAUGAUUUUCUAUAGCCACAACUGUGAGAUAUUAUUUUAUGAAAAUUUUGAUUAUCUAUGGAAGCUGUAACUAUUAAGGUAGUCAAUUUCAUAUCUUGUUCAAAAAUAGAAACAGAAAAUGAAUUAUCCUAAUUUUGCCAAGUGGCCAUUAUUGGGUUUGUUUCCACUUUAUAAAGGAAAGAAUCCUGUUUCACGCAUUGUGACUUUUGUUCUUAGGGAAGCAGAGACAAGUUCCCAAGUUCUUAUAACCUCAGUAUGCCUCCCUAAUUUAAAGCCAUGUUGAGGGGCUCUAUUCCCAAUUCCUGGGUCAAGAUGAAUUAACCCCAAGUUGGAGCACUGGAAACUGUUAUUUGCAAACAUUGCUAUUACCAUUUAGAAAUACGUGCACUACCUAAGUUUGUCUUUUAAGAAAACUAUCCACCUAUAAAAAUUGCCUUGACAAAAACAGUUCUGGUUUGACUAAUCAUUUUAAGUGAUGUGUAUGCAAGGUGGAUCCGUGAUGAGCCAACAUUGCACUGUGGAUACAUAUCUAUGUUUACGCGCUAUUAGAACAGAAGGCGCUGUAUAUAGAAUGUUGCUUUGAAGCAAUAUUUGCAAAACAUACAAACUUCUGUAUCUGUAUUUGGAAAAAAUAAAGCAAGUUCUUGUUGCUA